CUUUUCUCCAGCGUCUUUGUCACCUUGAACCAUCACUAAACAAGCUGUUGUAAGUCAACGGCCACCCGAUCGGCGUCAUUUCCUAAGCUUGUCCUCUUCUGUCCGACAGGUAAAGAAGACGCUGGUCCAGCAUGGCUCGGAGGAGAUAGUAGGGGAAGGCAGCGGAACCUGGGUUAGGAGGAUGGCUUUCUUGGAUAACCCGGCUAUUAUCCUGGCUCACAUCCGGCAGUCGCAUGUGACCAGCGAUGACACGGGGAUGUGUGAAAUGGUCCUCAUUGACCACGAUGUCGACCUGGAAAGAUUCCAUCCGGCUUCGGCCAACGGGGACGACAGCUCGGAAGUACCAAACAGCAACGGCGAACCUCAGGGUUACGUGUACUCUCAGUCCGUGGACAUUACUUCGAGCUGGGACUUCGGCAUUCGAAGGCGUUCAAAUACAGAGACUGGAGCGGCUCAGAAAAGAGAGGCAGAAUCAGAUCAAGUGCAAAAACGUGCAGUGGAAAGAGAGAAAUGCCACCUGUUCUG